AUGUGCGGAAUAUUUGCCGUCUGUCAUUACGGGAACGUUGAACGAUUUGAUAUGGAGAAAGCGAGGCAGCUGUCCAAGCGACAAGCCCACCGCGGACCAGACUUCAGUGGAUAUUACUGUGAUAAGUCGACUGGCAACAUUUUGUGCCAUGAGCGGCUAGCUAUCAUGGAUCUGGGGAUUGCGCAGCCAAUUACCGGUACACUUCAGGAUCAUCAGGUAGUUCAUAAUGGGGAGAUUUACAACCACGAGAACCUAAGAAGAAACGAGCUGAAGGAGAUGCAGCUUCGCACAAACUGCGACUCUGAGGUGAUCAUCUUCAUGUACGAAAAAUUCCGCGAUGGUUUCAUGUGCAACAUUCUUGAUGGUGUAUUCGCGUUUGCUCUGUGUUAUGAGGGUGAAUUCUUGGCUGCGAGGGAUCCGCUAGGCGUCAAACAAAUGUACUACGGCAAAGACAAACUUGGCAGAUAUUUUUUCAGGACACUGGUCUACUGUCCUUCGAUAAUGUCGUCGAUGGCGAAAUUGAACGGGAAGGGUCCUGCCGCUGCUCCUUGUCCUACUCCAGUUACCACCUCAAACGGUGUUGUACAUGGUGUUCAAACUGCAACAGUAGUUCGUUGA